AUGUCAGCUGUGACCUGCAUGCACCUGACGGAGAAACCAGAGGACUGUAAAGCAACAGGCGGACACGACAGUCAUCCGUCGCACAGGGUGGGGAAGUGGAGUGUGUCGGGAGGUCUUAACAUCACAGAACAGCCGAAGCGAAAAGGGAUGAACAUCACCGAUUCCCUGGCUAACCGAUCCCUCGUCAUCACCACCAUCCUGGAGGAGCCAUACGUCAUGCUUAAGAAGUCUGACAAGGCGCUGGUUGGGAACGACAGAUUCGAAGGAUACUGCAUCGACUUGCUCAAGGAGCUGGCCGUCGUCCUGGGCUUCACGUAUGAGAUCCGUCUGGUUCCUGAUGGGAGAUAUGGCUCUCAGGAUGAAAAGGGCCAAUGGAAUGGCAUGAUAAGGGAACUGAUAGAGCAUAGGGCAGACUUGGCAGUGGCUCCCUUUACCAUCACCUAUAUGCGUGAAAAGGUCAUCGACUUCACCAAGCCCUUCAUGAACACGGGAAUCAGCAUCCUGUAUCGCAAACCCAAUGCCACCAACAACGGCUUCUUCUCCUUCCUGAACCCCAUGACUCCUGACAUCUGGGUCUACAUCCUCCUGGCCUACCUGGGUGUUAGCUGUGUCCUCUUUGUCAUUGCCAGGUAA